AGUAUACACUAUACGGCAUCCCAUCUUUUUUCAUAUAAAAAAAAAGAAAAAAUACACAUUGUUCAAAUUGUUCCACAAGUCCAAACCCCGUCAAUUCGAAUGAAUAAGAGCGGAAGGUCAAGUAAUCGCAUAACAUAAUACAGAAAGAAGGGAAUUUGCCAAGCUUCUAUUCGCUGACUUGAUGAAACCACAGAGAUGGCUAAACCAAACUGCUUCAAUGAAUGCAUCUUUAGAAACUGGCGCGACGCAUGACUCUCCACCAACGUCUAACAGUAAAAGUGCCAACUCUAAAUCAAGCAAAAGAUCGCGUAUUGCACGUGCAUGUGAUUUCUGUCGACGCAAAAAAUCCAAAUGUUAUGGCGCACCAGGUCAACCUUGUUCUAGCUGCAUAAGCUAUGGCGUCACUUGCGAAUUCACUGACGGGUAAAAGAAGAAUGGAAAGGAAAGGAGAGUAAAAAAUGGGGGGGGGGAAAGAAAGCUG